AACGUCAAACUUGUUUUCAUUUUAACUGUCAGACUGCGCCUAUUUUGAGGUUAAAUCAUAUUUGGAUUUAAUUUAUUAAAAAAUGAAUAGGCAACUGCUAAAAGUGUUCAACCCUUUGAUUUCGGUAACGAGACCGAAAGGAUACAAAGCGCCAGGUGGAAUUCGAUAUCCAGGUGGCAUAGUGUACUACCCAAGAGAUCCAGACCACAAGGAUCCUGAACACACACCAUCAAAGUUAUUUAGAGUCGAACGUGUAAAAUCGUCCAGACACCAGCCAUACUGGCUUAAAGAUAUACUCAAAGAGAUGCACAUUUUGGAAGGAUGUGAAAACAGAGUAGCUAUAGUGAAGAACAUACCUGAAGUGAAUUCAAAGCUUUGGAAAGUUAAGCAUUUAGUGAAAAUAACACCAAUAGUAUUCCCAUAUGGAGAGCCUACUAAGGAUGAUAUCAACUACACAGUUGUAAAGGAAAAUGGCCAAUGUUUGGUCACUAAGAAGUUGGAACCAAAGGCCGAACAAAUUGAAGCAUUAGAACAAUUUGAAAACAGUGAAAAGAAAAUGAACUCCGAAACAUUAAAGAAGGAUUCAAGAUACAGAUGGAAUAAUGCAUUUACUGGAGGAUUUUAACUUAAUAACAAUGUAGAUUAGUUACUUAGCAGAUAUAUUAAACUUAUAUGUAUUACAAUCA